AACAGUCGUCGGGGCUGGUGCCGCGCGCCGCCUCUGGUCGCCCUCUCCACCUCCCGCGCUCUGCCGGGCUGCCGGUGUCCCCGAGGACCCGAGGGCUUUUUCGGGACUUUAGAGAAAGCUACGUCUUUAAGUUCUUUUGGGUUCGAAACUUUACAGAACUACUGAGCGCAACAAAGGGAAAGAGAACCCGGGCGUCUCGCAGCUGAAGAGAGGCAGGGGCGGCGGGCCGGACGCGCGCGGGACCCCAGACUCUCCACGCACCCACCACGUCUCUGUCUCUCCCCGUUUCCCUCCUAGUUCUGGAAGGGAUGGAGGAGGCGGAGGCCGACUGCGCCCUAGCGUUCGCCGAGGCCCAGAGAUGGGUGGAGGCAGUAACACAGAAGAAUUUUGAAACGAAGGAUUUUCGAGCCUCUCUAGAGAAUGGUGUUCUGUUGUGUGAUUUGAUUAAUAAGCUUAAACCUGGUGUCAUUAAGAAGAUCAAUAGACUGUCCACACCGAUAGCAGGCUUGGAUAAUAUAAACGUUUUUUUGAAAGCUUGUGAACAGAUUGGAUUGAAAGAAGCCCAGCUUUUCCAUCCUGGGGAUCUACAGGAUUUAUCAAAUCGAGUCACUGUCAAGCAAGAAGAGACUGACAGGAGAGUGAAAAAUGUUUUGAUAACUUUGUACUGGCUGGGAAGAAAAGCGCAAAGUAACCCCUACUAUAAUGGUCCCUGUCUUAAUUUGAAAGCAUUUGAGAAUCUUUUAGGACAAGCUCUGACUAAGGCCCUUGAAGACUCCAGCUGCCUGAAAAGGAGUGGCAGGGAUAGUGGUUACAGUGAUAUCUGGUGUGCUGAGCGUGGAGAAUUCCCUGCUCCUCCAGGCAACCAUAAGAGAGAAGAUUCAUUUGAAAGCUUGGACUCUCUGGGGUCCAGGUCACUCACAAGCUGCUCCUCUGAUACCACGUUGAGGGGGCCGCGUGAAGGUUGUGAAAGUGACACAGAUUCUGAAUCUACAUUCAAAAUGCAGGAUCACAAUAAAGAUGACAUGUCCUAUCGAAGGAUUUCAGCUAUUGAACCGAAGUCUGCUUUACCAUUCAAUCGCUUUUUACCCAACAAGAGCAGACAGCCGUCCUAUGUGCCGGCGCCCUUGAGGAAGAAAAGGCUGGACAAAAACGAGGAUAACAGAAGAAGCUGGGCAAGCCCAGCCUACACAGACGCAGACGGAACGUUUCCAAGCGGGCACAAAAAGAAUCCUUUAAUUUCCCAUCAAAUCAGCAGAGCAGAGCGUGAUUUUUCAAAUCCAGCUUCCUAUCAGAAGGAGGUCUACGGUUCUGAAAGUGGAUCGGACUCCGAGGAGGAACGAAGGUUGCCUGAUGUAGUUUUGGAUGACUUAGCCAACCGUAGAUUCCAAGUGAGAAAGCGGCCUGAGGGUUUCAUCUCGAAAACCACGUCUCCUAAGUCUUGUUCUCACAUCUUUUCUCCUGCUGACCCAUUAGCCACUGGGCUAUACAGAUUGACGAGUAACAAGAGGAGAGCUUGGGGAAAAAACGUGGAGAACUGGUCAACAGCACAAGACACUUCAAACUCCUCUUGUUACUUGGAAGAGGAAGAAGAAAAGACAAGCACACGCAACACUGUAAAGGAUGACCUUUAUGUGCGAAAGCUAAGUCCAAUCCUGCCAAGCCCAGGGAAUGCUUUUGAUCAGUUUCUUCCCAAAUGCUGGAUCCCAGAAGAUGUGAACUGGAAACGAAUAAAAAGGGAAACUUAUAAACCCUGGUAUAAAGAAUUUCAGGGAUUCAGAAGGAGUUCAGGCUCUGAGGAUGAGGAUUCAGGCUCUGACAGAAGCCCCGUCGUUUUUAGUAGAAUACAAAACGCAGAUCCCAGGCUAGACAGCAACUGUCAAAGAUGUUCACUCUUGCUGGAACUGGCUAUCAAACGGGCCAGAAACUCCCGGGACACCCAUGCAGCCGGGAGAACCAGUGGUGCUGCGGAUGAGCCCAGUCAGUUUCUAUUGCUUCAGGCCCUCCAGACAUACUCUGAUGACAUCCUGUCUUCUGAAACAAAUGUCAAAACUGAUCCCACUGCUGGCCCAAGGCUCAUAACACGCAGAAAGAACCUCUCUUACGCACCAGGGUAUAGACCAGAAGACCUCGAGAUGGCAGCCCUGGAUCCUGACUUAGAGAAUGAUGAUUUCUUUGUCAGAAAGACUGGGGCUUUCCAUGCAAAUCCGUGUGUGGUCCGGGCGUUUGAAGACUUGAGAAGACUCUCUGAGCAAGAUGAUCCUGUCGAGCGAGAUAUAAUUCUGCAGUGUCGGGAAGGUGAACUUGUACUUCCAGACCUAGAAAAAGAUGAUAUGAUUGUUCGCCGCAUUCCAGCACAGAAGAAAGAGGUGCCUCUGUCGGGGGCCCCGGAUAGAUACCAGCCAGUCCCGUUCCCUGACCCCUGGACUCUGCCUCCGGAAAUUCAAGCAAAAUUUCUCUGUGUCCUUGAAAGGACAUGCCCACCCAAAGAAAAAAGUAGUAGCUGUAGACUGUUAGUUCCUUCAUGUAGGCAGGAAAAAGAUGACAUGUUGGCUCGGAAGAUCCAGUCUUGGAAGCUGGGAACAACUGUGCCUCCCAUCAGUUUCAUGCCUGGUCCCUGCAGUGCGGCGGACUUACAGAAGUGGGAGGCCAUCCGGGAGGCCAGCAGGCUUAGGCACAAGAAGCGGCUGAUGGUUGAGAGACUCUUUCAAAAGAUUUAUGGUGAGAAUGGGAGUAAGUCCAUGAGUGAUGUCAGCGCGGAGGACAUUCAGAACUUGCGUCAGCUGCAUUACGAGGAGAUGCAGAAAAUAAAGUCACAAUUAAAAGAGCAAGAUCAGAAAUGGCAGGAUGACCUUGCAAAAUGGAAAGAUCGUCGAAAAAGCUACACUUCAGAUCUGCAGAAGAAAAAAGAAGAGAGGGAAGAGAUUGAGAAGCUGGCGCUUGAGAAGUCUGAGAGAAAAUCUAAGACAUUUAACGAAAUGCUGCAGGACAGGGAGUACCAAAGUCAGAUGCCUACAGCUACAUCAAGGAGGAGAUUGUAUUCUUCUGAUGACGUAUUCACUGAAGAAAAGCUUCCCCCUACACUGACUAUGUCAGAAGCAAGUUACCAGAGUGAGAAGGUAGAAGAGAAGGGGACAACUUGUCCUGCAGAAAUUCCUAAACAAGAUUCUACAACUUUUGCCAAAAGGGAGGAUGCUGUAACAGCUGAAAUUCAGCUUCCUUCUAAAAGCCUCCGGGAGGAACACCACCCAGCCUCUUUGUCUUCUCAGCAUUCACUGAAUAUACAAGUGGAGUCGAAUCGAGUUUCAGCUUCUCUCCCCAGAAGUUACCAGAGAUCUGAUACGGCCAGGUUAACAUCUGUGGUCACACCGAGACCUUUUGGCUCUCAGUCAAGGGGAAUCUCAUCACUCCCGAGAUCCUACACGAUGGAUGAUGGUUGGAAGUAUAAUGGAGACGUAGAAGGCGUUAAGAGAACCCAAAGCAAUUUGGUUAGCACCUCUCUGCAAAAACCGGACAAAAGCCAGCUGGCGCCCAGCUCAUCCAGCGAAGGACAGGCAGCAGCCUCCCGAGAAGGUGUGAUGAGGUUGCCCUCUCCUACACCCCCCGUCUCAUCUCCUUCCCAGGACCACGCUGCUGCUUCUAAAGACACAUUAUCUUCAACAUCCAGUCCUGAUUUAAUGUCUGAGCUUGGAGAAGGGAGAAGCUCCCCACUGUCAGAGGUCUCAAGACCACAGGAUCAGUUCAGUGAUAUGAGAAUCAGCAUAAACCAGACGCCCGGGAACAGUCUUGACUUUGGGUUUACAGUAAAAUGGGCUUAUUCCGGGAUCUUCGUAGCAUCAGUCGAAGCAGGUAGCCCAGCAGAAUUUUCUCAGCUACAGGUAGAUGAUGAAAUUAUUGCUGUCAACAACACCAAGUUUUCAUAUAAGGACACAAAAGAGUGGGAGGAAACCAUGGCUAAAGCGCAGGAAACUGGAAACCUAGUAAUGGAUAUCAGGCGCCAUGGAAAGUCUGACUGGGGCACAGAUCAACCUUCCCUGCCAUUUACACGGCAUAAAACCCUCAAUCUCACCAGUAUGGCUACCAAAAUUAUAGGUUCACCUGAAACAAAGUGGAUUGAUGCAACUUCCGGAAUUUACAGCUCAGACAAAUCUUCAGAUCUAUCAAUGACAACUGAUUUCUCAGAAAGCCUUUGGCAUUCUAAAACUGAAUCCAAGGAAAUCAAUGGCGUUCCUGAGGAAAGCAAUACUUUUGAAUCAAAAGCAUCUGAACCUAUUUCUUUGAAAAACUUAAAAAGGCGAUCACAAUUUUUUGAACAAGGAAGCUCCGAUUCCGUGGUGCCUGAUCUUCCAGUCCCAACCAUCAGCGCCCCGAGUCGCCGGGCGUGGGAUCAAGAGGAGGAGCGGAGGAGGCAGGAGAGGUGGCAGAAGGAACAGGACCGCCUGCUGCAGGAAAAAUAUCAACGUGAACAGGAGAAACUAAGGGAAGAGUGGCAGAGGGCUAAGCAGGAGGCUGAGAGAGAGAAUUCCAAGUACUUGAAUGAGGAACUGAUGGUCCUGAACUCCAACAGCCUGUCUCUCUCCACCCGGGACCCUGCCCUCGCCAUCCGGGGUGAAGAGUCCAAGGCUCCCGACACGGAGGGAACCCGGGCAGAGGAGGAGACGAGGCAGCAGCAGCACGAGGAAGGCCUGGAUGAGGACCAGAGCAGGAAGCUGCUGGAACAGCUCACUCUUGAGAGAGAGAGGAAGCUGAAGGAGCAGCGGUACCAGGAAGAGCAGGAGCAGAAGCGGCGUCAGGCAGAGGCCGAGGCCGACGAGCAGAAGCGCCAGGCAGAGAGAGAGAGGGAAACUUCCAUCAAAAUAUACCAGUACAGAAGGCCUAUUGAUUCCUAUGAUGUACCAAACAGAGAGGAAGAAUCUUCAGGGCUGCUUCCCAGUGACAGGAAUAAAUCCAGAUCCACUACUGAGCUGGAUGAUUACCCCACAAAUAAAAAUGGAAGCAAUAGAUAUGUGGACCGAAUUGGGAGCAGUAGCUCAUCACAGAAGAGCUCCAAGAAGGAGCAAGUUCCAUCAGGAGCAGAGUUGGAGAGACAACAGAUCCUUCAAGAAAUGAGGAAGAGAACAUCCCUUUACGAUGACAACAGCUGGAUCCGACAGCGCAGUUCCAGCGUCAAUAAGGAGCCUAUCUGUCUGCCUGGAAUUAUGAGAAGAGGUGAAUCUCUGGAUAACCUGGAUUCCCCAAAAGCUAGUUCUUGGAGACAGCCUUCAGGGGUCUACGCCUCUUCCUCUGUCCAAGACUUCAGUCGUCCCCCACCACAGCUGGUGUCCACAUCCAACCGUGCCUACAUGCGGAACCCAUCCUCCGGCGUACCUCCUCCUGCAGCUGGCUCCGUGAAGACCGCCCCACCUACCCCGACACCGCGCAGCCAUUCCCCUGCGGCUCCACAGCCACGCGGCAGGUCGGUCAGUGGGAAGCGCGUGUGUUCCUACUGCGAUAACAUUCUGGGCAGAGGAGCCGCCAUGAUCAUCGAGUCCCUGGGUCUUUGUUAUCAUUUACAUUGUUUUAAGUGCACGGCCUGUGAGCGGGACCUCGGAGGCUCUUCCUCAGGAGCCGAAGUCAGAAUCCGAAACAGCCAGCUGUACUGCAAUGACUGCUAUCUCAGAUUCAAAUAAACCGGGAGGCUGUGAUUUUUUGCCUUGCUUUAGCCUAACUGGACGGCCAACCGCCAUGUGAUGUAAGCCUCCACACGAAAGCACUGUUGCAGAUAGAAGAAGAGGUGGUUGCUGCUGAUUUAGAUCUAUAAAUGUCUAUUGUAUGUCCUUUUGCUUUUUUUUUUUUCAUUAAGAAAUAACACUUUUCCUGGCCUCUUUAGAGUACCUCAGAGCAUUAUACUCUUUCUUGGUAGAACCUGUAUUUUUGUUGUUUAUUUAUAAGAAGGUAAUUAUGUAUGUGUGUGUGUGUGUGUUGGGGGAAGUACAGUAUUUCCUUUCUGAAUUCAGCAUCCUCAAAGCACCAGGGAAAAAAAUAAGAACAUCAAAAUAUUUUUGAGGCCGAUAAUGAUCUAAUUUGACUUUCUAGUGGUGUUCUGAAGAGGGUUAUUUUAUUGUUUUUUUUUAUCGGUUCUGAAACAUUAUUUGAAAUAGUUAAUAUAAAUAUGUCACUGCAUUUGCUCUGUUUAUUGUCAUGUAUGCUAAAUUAAUGCAGGACCAUGUGGAAAAUUUCACUGAGAUCCAUCCCCAAAUUUGCUUUCUGUAUCCUUCUUUUCAUCUAUGUAAUAUUGCAAUUAUAAUUUUUUUUUAACUUACCUAACAUUUUACUUGCUUGAUGAGGGGAGCUCUGUUUUCUUCACCAGAAUUGUCGCUAAGCAGUUCCCAGUAGAAAGUUGCUUCUUUUCAUUCAUGGAAGAUCAUCAUGGUUUGUAUGCCAGAGGCUUUCUCCAGAAACUAGUGAACCUUUCUGUUCAACUGCAUUUGUAAAUAAACUUGCUGAUGCAUUCAA